UACCAAAAACCCAAAAAAUCCAAAACAAAACCUUGAAUUUUUUACAUCAUAACCAAUCAACAAUAAUGAUACUACUACAACAUGACCAAGUCCAUCGCUAGUAUUAGUUCUUCUAAACAAUAAAAUCUCCCUCCCAAAAAUCUCUCUUUUACUGUUUCCUCAAAUCUCUCUCUCUCUCUCUCUCUCUCAAUCCCACAAAAAUCUCAUCUUUAAGGUUUCAAGAACACUCAUGGGUCUUCGUCUUCUUCAAGAAAAAUUCAACUUUUGUCACUUCCACUCUGAAAAAUCCAAUCUUUAAAUGGAGAUUCAACGACCAGUCAUCAACCUCAUGGUUCUUCACUCUCAACACGAUAAAAGCGACAACCUUUCCCGACGAGAAUCUCUCCCCGGCAAACCCAAAUGGAGAAUCUCUUUAUCCCGCUCCUCUUCAUCUUCUUCGUCAAACAACAACUCUCCGACCAAACCAGAGAUCCCAUCAGAGUUUCUCUGUCCGAUCUCAGGUUCUUUAAUGGCUGAUCCAAUCAUUGUCUCUUCUGGUCACUCCUACGAAAGAGCUUGUGUCAUCGCUUCUAAAAACCUAGGCUUUACUCCAAACCCACCUCCAGAUUUCUCCACCGUGAUACCAAAUCUCGCCUUGAAAUCCGCAAUUCUCAGCUGGUGUGAACGACGGUGUUUCCCACCGCCGAAGCCGCUCGACUCCGCCGCCGCUGAGAAGCUUAUACUCACGUUAAUGGAGAAAACACAAAGAAGAAAAGUCUCUGUUUCAGAGAAAGAGCUUAUCCAAGCAAUUAGAGAUAAACCAUCAGCGAGACUUAACCACGCCGCGACGGAGCUUGACCGGAGACCUAAUUACUUCAAUUCAAGCUCCGACGAGUCAAUAGCUUCGUCGAGCCGUACACUACAGUUAGCAACCAAACCAAGUUGCUUCUCUUCACCUUCAUCAGGAGAAAUCGAUUCUUUAGAACCAAACCUAACACCUGAAGAAGAAGCUUUACUCAUAAAGCUAAAGAGUAAUCGAAUCUCAGAGAUUGAAGAAGCUUUGGUUUCGAUUCGACGCGUUACAAGAAUCGACGAAGGUUCAAGAAUCAGUUUAUGUACGACGAGAAUCAUCUCCGCGCUUAAGUCACUGAUCGUUUCGAGAUACACGACGGUUCAGGUGAAUGUCACGGCGGUUCUUGUAAACUUGUCUUUGGAGAAAUCUAAUAAAGUUAAGAUCGUACGGUCAGGAAUCGUUCCGCCGUUGAUCGACGUUUUGAAAUGCGGCUCCGUCGAAGCUCAGGAGCAUUGCGCCGGAGUUGUUUUCAGUUUAGCUCUUGAAGACGAGAACAAGACGGCGAUUGGUGUUCUCGGAGGUUUAGAACCGUUGCUUCAUCUGAUCCGAGUUGGUACUGAGUUGACUCGGCAUGACUCGGCGUUGGCUCUGUAUCAUCUCUCUCUAGUGCAGAGCAACAGAGGGAAGCUUGUUAAGCUCGGAGCUGUACAGAUACUUUUGAACAUGGUGAGUUUAGGACAGAUGAUUGGUCGUGUUUUGUUGAUUCUUUGUAACAUGGCUUCGUGUCCGGUGAGUAGACCAGCUUUGCUUGACUCGGGAGGUGUUGAAUGUAUGGUUGGGGUAUUGAGAGGAGCUAGAGAGGUCAAUGAGUCGACUCGGGAGAGCUGUGUUGCGGUUUUGUAUGGACUGAGUCACGAUGGUGGUUUGAGGUUUAAAGGGUUGGCUAUGGCGGCGAAUGCGGUGGAGGAGUUGGUGAAAGUGGAGAGGAGUGGGAGAGAGAGAGCUAAGCAGAAGGCGAGAAGAGUUUUGGAAGUGAUGAGAGCUAAAAUGGAAGAUGAUGAGUCGCCGGAGAAUGAGGAGGUUGAUUGGGAAGAGUUGCUUAAUUCCGGUGAUGUUAGUCUGAGCCGGUAUCGACUCGGUGGUGAGAAAUCGUGUGUUAACUCGGCCGAGUUUUGACGUGUCCUUUUUUUUAACUCGUAAUUUCUUUGCUUUUCUAAAAAAAAAGAUUAAUUGUGGAUUUUUUAAUAAUUUAAUUUCUAAAUAAUAGGGUUUGGGGUUGUAAUUAGUUGGAAAUGAGAUUUUUUUUUUCCUUUCGUGUAAGUUAUUAUUUUCUG